AUGGAGAACUCGUUUCGUUUAAGAGAUAUGGCCGAUAUAGAUUGGUCAAUACUUAUUAACGAGAGCAAAGAGAAAGACAAUGCAAAACGAUUAUACGACGAUUUAUUAUCAAGUUACAAUCGACUGAUUCGUCCGGUCUUUAACAACAGUGAUCGACUGACUGUUAAGAUGGGACUGAAAUUAUCGCAACUCAUAGAUGUGAAUCUCAAGAAUCAAAUCAUGACAACAAACAUGUGGGUGAAUCAGGAAUGGACGGAUCAUAAGCUGAAAUGGGAUCCCGAAGAAUAUGGCGGAGUAUCACAACUCUAUGUUCCGUCAGAAGACAUUUGGUUACCGGAUAUUGUGCUCUAUAAUAAGUAA